AUGGAGCUGGACGAGAUUGGGGUUAGCCGCCCAAAGGACUCCGAUCCCCUCCUUGGGAGUCACUCCGAUGAAUCAACCCCUAGCUCCUCGACCGAGAUAACGCCCCCGGAGAGCGCGGGUGAGAUGAAGGGCGAAGAUAUCGAGUCGGGUCCCGCGGCUUGCUGCCGGAUAUGUCUUGAGUGCGACGCCGAGCCAGGUAAACUUCUCAUAGACUUUUUUUCUUUUUCCUCUGAUUUGCAUAUCCUUACUUUGUGGCCGUCGGCAUAUUUUUUUAUCUUUAUUUUUUGCCUCAUUCGAUGACUUCUUAUUCUUGCUUUGCAAUUUGUUUCCGAAUUUGAGAAAUUGUGGCUGCAUAGACUGCUUCGCUUCAGUCCGGAGUCUCUGUCUAACGGAUCAUUCAUCAUUGGGUAACUUUACAAAAAUACGUCUAUACUUUUCCCAUCAGAGAUUAAAUACAUUCAUUGAGCCAGGAUGAAUUAAAACAGAGGGAGUUUCUCUUCUGUCAUUAUUGAUGAAGAUGUACUGGGAUUCAUCUUAUAUUCUGCUGUGGAUUCAUCAUUGCUAAAGUUCGGACUUGCAGUUAUGCCUGUUUUAUUUACUCGACGAUCCAAAUAUUCACCUAACCUAUUUAUGAAGACACGCCUUUACGAAGUUAAUCAUGCGCGUGGAACAUCUGAUCCAACUUCCUGUGCACGGAGUUGAAUUCCUCCGCUCCGUUUGAAGAGAAUUCUCAGGAAGGUAUCAUGGUGACGACCUGUGUCGAAUAUUAGCCUCGCAGCACUUAAUGCGUGUUUCUUAUUUGUUAAGAAAGUGAAGAUGUGAUAUAUCUUAGGAAAGCACGCGAUUAUCUUUUUCAGGUUAUUUUCUUAAAUAAUUGUUGGUCUGUGUGCAAUCUCUCGUGUUUUUAUAAUCUUGAAGGAUCGUUCAAUUUCGAUCUCGUUCCCUUAGUUCUCACCAUUCUCCUACUGUGGAUUAUGUUUUUGUUGCAUUUCUUGUCUCUGUUUUUUGCUUUCUUGCCUGGACACAUAGCUGAUGUAUCACGGUUUUUUUCUAUGUAGGAGAUGAGUUAAUAUCUCCAUGCUUGUGCAAAGGUACACAGCAGUUUGUUCACCGCUCUUGCCUUGACCAUUGGCGCUCAGUUAAGGCAAGUUUGCCCUUCCUUGGGAUAAACGUCAUAAGUACUACACAAACAUAAAUACUAAAUGCUAGAUUUAAAAAAAAUACUUUCUGUACCAAACCUCCUGUGGGAUCUCACCUUUAUCUUUCUUUCCAGGAAGGUUUUGCUUUUUCCCACUGCACAACUUGCAAGGCUCAAUUUCAUCUCCGAGUUGAGUUCUUAGAGGACUAUUCAUGGCGUAAGAUAAAAUUUCGAAUAUUUGUUGCUCGGGACGUGCUCCUUGUCUUCUUGGCUGUACAAACUGUAAGAGCACAACCGUUUAUGAAUUUUACGAGUCUAAUGAUUAUAGAUAUAUCCGUUUUUCUUCCUCCCUUUUCGUUAUGAAUUUUCCAGUUGAGUGCUGUUAAGAGAAUUAAUUCAUCUUGUGAUCUUUUGAGACAAGACCAUUGCAUGAUGUGAUCUUGAAGUAAUGUCAUUGAUGAUAAAAUAAUUUCGUACUAAAACAUUGCUCAAGUUUUGUUAUUUGUGGUGCAGGUUUUGAUGAACAAAGCCGUAUUUUUCUAUGUUGAAUGCUGGUGUAUUUAAAUUCCUGCGAAUUGUGAUGCUAAUCUUGAUGCUGAUCUUGCUCACUCACAGGCGAUUGCUGCCAUGGGUGGAAUUGCAUACGUCAUGGAUAGAAGCGGGGACUUCAGAAACUCCUUCAGUGAUGGUUGGGAUCGUGUAUUAUCUAAACACCCUAUACCAUUUUACUACUGUUUAGGUAUGUUGCAAAUUUAACUUUCUUUUGUUUACAAUAUUGAAAGAGCGAAUGUGCUUAUUGCUGUUAGUAAAUAUGUCGAUGAGACAAUGUAUUUUGUGAGUGCAUGUAAUGGCAGGUUCCUAAUAGAUAUAAGCAUCGACAAAUUAUUGGGUCCGUCUCUUGAGAAACUUACAUCUUAGAAUGGAUGACUUUAUUUUUAUUUUUAUCCCAGAGACGUUUAGCUUAUCUGACUGAUGAGUCAUUAGAAUCCAGAAGAUGAAACAGCCUGAUUCUAGUAAGUUGGACAUUGUGGGACUUCUCUCGGCACACAUGUCAAGAGAAUCGCUUAUCCCUUAUCUGAAUAGCAACGUUAAUUUAGCAAUUUAUAGGCUUUGCUUGGGCUUUUCCAUGGAAAGUAUUUCAAUCCCCUGAAUGUUGAGGUAAUGAAUCGUAUUUGAAGAGGCAGGUUAAGUGGUGAUUCACAGAAAAUAUUUUAUUUUGUCCCUCAGUUAAGUAUUGAUGCUUAUUACAUGAUAAAUCUGGAAGUGGUGAUUUUCAACCAUGUUUCAAGCUCAGAAUCGACCAUGUAUCCAAAAGGAAGUUCAUUUACCACUGCUGCCCCUUGUUCCAACUAGAGUGAAUUGUUAUCUAGAUUUCCAAUUACACAACGAUUUAGGGACUGGUCACAAUUUAAUAUUAUUAGCAAAAGAUUUCCAAUUACACUCAUAGAUUUAGGGAUUGCUCACAAUUUAAUACUCUUUGCAAACCUGGCUUAAUCGAAUGUUGUGUCGCUCCCAAAUUAUGCUUCCCAUGUGGCUGAGAAGAUCUACGUUUAUUCAUUUCCUCUAGUGCACCUUUCAUGAACCUUGUGGACGUCAGAACAUCAGUAUGUGAACACUGACCCAAAUGAAGCAAAGCUUAGCCUUUGAUUUCAUGUAUAACUAGGACCAACAUCACUUUUGAAUCAUUCUAACCUUUUCAUGCAUUAAGUUUUGAGCCAGACGAUGUUUGGCAAAUCAUAGCUUCUGGCCAUAAGAGACAUAGUCUUGUGCAUUUUGGGCCGAUCAGCUGAUUUUUCUUGCCUUCUUUGCUGAAUCCCUAGGUUUCUGGGGGAACCAGUGAUUAUUAAGUUCGGGUGUUGUUUUCAUAUUUGGAUUAGAUUAAUUACACAAAAAUUCAAUCUCUGACUCCACGGGGAGAGGUGACCCCCGUUCUCGACUAACCAAGAUACUGAAGAAUCAGCCGGUCAACUGGUCAUUUACCAUGCUAAAAAAAAUGGGCACGCUAAUAUUUCCUUGGUAGAUUUGAUUUCUGUUUUUGAAAUGUUUCAUUUCACAGUGGACGUAUUAUAUUACUGAUCCCAGAGGAUGAUGCAGGUGUCUUGAUCUUCUUUGUAUUUACGGGAUUUUUCGGGCUGAUACUGCACUGCUCGUCCGUCAGCAGCAAUGACCCAUGCAUGGCCGGAUGCCGCAACUGCUGUUAUGGCUGGGGCAUCCUGGAUUGCUUCCCUGCGUCCAUGGAGGCUUGUUUCGCCCUGGUUGUGGUCUUUGUCAUCGUCUUUGCAAUCCUCGGCGUGGCUUAUGGUUUCCUCGCAGCAACCAUGGCCAUCCAGAGAAUCUGGCAGAAACAUUACCACAUCCUCACCAAGAGGGAACUAACCAAGGCAUAGCCACUCCCAGUGAGCUGUGAGUCCUCUUCUGAGAAUCUUGGUGAUCUCGUUCGGUAACCACGGGCCCUUCUUUUGAAUUGCAGGAAUAUGUGGUAGAGGAUCUCGGGGGUUGCUACACACCCCCAAAGCUGGACCCCGAGCAUGAGGAGCGUCUUAGAGUGCUUGCGCUUCUGUGA